CCCCCCCCCCCCCCCCCCGCCGAUGCUCGCUCUUCCUGGACAGACCAACCGAGGCCUUCGUAUCUCAACUCCUCUUGCUCCUCUCUCUACGACAUCCUCGGCAUCCCCGCCGCCGCCUCCAACCAGGAAAUCAAGGCGGCGUACCGGCGCUUGGCCAGAGCCUGCCACCCGGACGUGGCGGCGAUCGACCGGAAAAACUCCUCGGCCGACGAGUUCAUGAAGAUCCACGCCGCCUACUCCACCCUCUCCGAUCCCGACAAGCGCGCAAAUUACGACCGGAGCCUCUUCCGGCGACAACGGCCGUUGUCGAAGGCGGCGGCGUUUUCCGGUUACACGAGUCGGAACUGGGAAACGGAUCAGUGCUGGUAGAGUGGUAGUGAGUCGACUCGUCCGAGUGAAGACGCGGUUAUUGAAGCGCCUUUCCUUGCAUAUAAUUUAUUACUCACUAAUUAGUUAGUCUGCGGAGUUUGUAUUAUACUACGUAUAUGUACAUAUACGCGUAGAGUAAACGAGACUGCCACGUGUACUUAGUACUUGCCACUUGCACUAAUUUCUCUCCCACUAUCCCACGCUUGUAAUAUAAACUUUUUUGAACGAAAAAAAAAGGAAAGAAAAUUGACAUUGAUAUAUGCAAUUGCCCAA